AUGACAGUAAAUCUGAUUAGAUGUGGAAGUGUGAUUAUUCGAAUGACAACAUGUAGUUCAAACCAGAAUCUUAGUGCAUUGCUUAAAAGUCCAAGACAUGCUUCAUUAUGUGUCAGAUCUUUGACUGGAGAUAGAAAAUCUGAAGAUGAUUAUUUCAAACUGGAACUUUGUUCUGAAGAAAACAAUCAAGACAAUCAUGACUACAAAGAUUUGGUUCAUAGAAUGCAUCUCUUUCCAGGCAUAAGAAAUCAAGUUGUUAUUGUUCAGCCAUUUGUGAAAUGGGGACCCAAAAAAAAUGAAUUAACAACUCCAGAUUUAAUGUUGGAAGAAGCAAAAGCCCUUAUUGAUUCUCUCCCCAACUGGAAAUGUAUUGAUACACUGAAAGUUCCAGUAGAAUCCCUUGAAAAGAAAAAUGUUUUUGGUAGUGGCCAGUUCGAAAGUUUGCAGAAAAAAAUCGUAAAAAAUCCCAAUAUAUCGGCAGUUUUUGUCAAUGUUAAUCUUCUCCGAGGGAUUCAACGAAAAGAGUUGACGACAGCCUUCAGAGUUCCCAUUUAUGACCGAUACUCAAUCGUGUUGCAAAUCUUCAAAGAAAGGGCCAAAACAAGGGAAGCUAAACUUCAAGUGGCUUUUGCUGAAAUUCCAUACCUGAGGUCUUGUUUAGUCGGUCUCCAAAAAGGAUCAAAAGGUGACGGGAGGGGAAGCGCAACAAUUGUAGGAGAUGGGGAAUCAUAUUAUGAUUCUAAGCUUCAUUUGCUAGAAAGGAGAGAGCUUAAAAUAAAAAAAGAGUUAGAAAAAAUGCACAAGAAGCGUGCGCUUUUAAAAUAUGAAAGAAAGAAGAGAGAAUUCCCGGUUGUUGCAAUAGUAGGAUACACCAAUUCGGGGAAAACAACUUUAAUUAAGUCUUUAACUGGUGAUUCAAAUAUGCAACCUCAGGAUGGCCUUUUCGCUACUUUGGAUGUAACUGUUCACGCGUUCAAGUUACCUUGCAACUUGACGGUAUUACUGGUAGACACAGUAGGGUUUAUUUCCAAUAUACCCUUGAAUUUGAUUGCUGCCUUUAAAGCUACCCUGAAUGAUGCCAUGGAUGCUGAUAUGAUAAUACAUUUACAAGAUGCGAGUCAUCCCGAUAAAGAAAAUCAAAUUGCAGCAGUUAACGAUACGCUUAAGCAAUUAAACAUUGAUUCAGCUAAACCUAUCUUUCAGGUAGAGAAUAAGAUCGAUAAAAUCAGACCGGAAAACGUUUCCGCUUCAUGCUUACAAAUUAGUGCCCAAUAUGGAACUGGAUUGGAAGAAAUGAUUGAAUUAAUUCAGACCAAGUUAUUAGAAGUUACCAACCACAAGCUUUUAAGGUUAAUGGUACCUAGUGGUAGUUCCGAAUACAGCUGGUUACAUAAGGAAGCUACUGUAGUUGACUAUUCUCACACUGAAAAUCCUCAGUAUUUAAUUCUUGAUGUUUUGAUAACACCUACUGUUUUUGGAAAACUUCGUUCCAAUUACCCUGACAUUAGAAUUUUAAAUAAAUGAAAAAUUGUUUCACUUUCAGUUGGCUGUAUUUUUAACAAAUACACAGUGAUUAAGAGCGGGGUCUUUCCUUCUUCUCCUUGUACAGGGCCAAAAGGGAAACAUUGGCAACUUUCACUACCUUGAAACGAACACCUAAGACAGAAUAUUGUCAGACAACAUAUAGGAAAAAUACUACUUCCUACAUACCCGGAAUAUCACCAACGGCGUGGCCUUUACGACCGAAACCGGCAACCAAAACUUCGUCGUUCUCUUCAAUGAAAGUCAAGCAACCAUCAUUAGGGACGAAAGCUGUGAUUUUCUUGCCAUUCUUGAUGAGCUGGACACGGACACACUUGCGGAUGGCAGAGUUAGGCUGCUUAGCCUCAACACCACUGCAAACAGAUGUUACUUCAGUUUUAAAAAAUCUUUCAUGAGUUAAAUAGAGGAACAUACACUUUCUCAAGCACAAUUCCCUUUGCAUGUGAGGCACCACCGAAAGGAUUAGCCUUCCACCUAGUACCAAGGUGAGCUUUUUUAUAUUCCUUGUCGUGCCAUCUUUGCUCACGACGAUGGUUGACAUGCUUGCGAGCAGUGCGCAAUCCUCGUGGUUUACCUAAAAUUGUAAUAAAAUCAUUAGUACUUUGUUAUUAGUCCCAAGAUGGCGGACUAUACAGCACGUGUAUAUCAAAUGGCAAUAAUUUUACUAGCAAGCUAAUGCUUAACAUCAUUAAGAAUGUUGUUUUGUACAUAAUAUAGGAGAGCAUAUGCGCCAUUACCAAAAAAUGAACAUGAAAAAUCAAAAUUAGCACAAAAGCUAUCAUUUAUACAUAAUGAAAUAACCGGUACUCACCCAUGAUUAUUAGUCAGUGCUAGAGGAUAGCUGACAUGAAAGAGAAUUCUGAGCGUUUUCGUCGAAGAAGGAAGACCUAGCGUUGCCAAGUUACAAAUUAAUACAACAGCACAACACAUUGUCUGCUUGAAUCGAUUCAUUUGAAAAAUUGUAACAAAAAUUAUUUAUCCGUGUUGGAAAUAUUUGCUUUAAAUAUGAAUAAUUUUUCCAUCCACAAGUUAAUUUUUCUUAUUGUUCACUUUUACAGUUUGGCAUUUGUGAACGUAGAACUACUAGCAGACGCCAUUAGCUUAACUUUUUAUUUGCAAACUCCAGAUCAUUUGGGUGGUCGAGCGCAGUGCCUAGUUUCAAAGCAUUUGCACUAUCAAACAAGGGAAGAAUAGAAAAAUGUUUAUAUUAUAUUUCCGUGUAUGAAAAUUCAUCAUUAUGAGUUUAGUGGCAAAAAUAACAUUAGCAUCGUCGAUCGUUUUAAGUGCUGGAAUAGUUUUCUACGUACACCACAAGCAGAACCUGGAUCG